AUGCUUCGAAUCAAACAAGAUUCACAAACGUCAGUUCUUACACAAGAACAAAUUUUUGUACCCUUAAAACGAGUAAAUGUAGAAGCAACAAUUCGUUCAUUUGCUGCCGAUGUAACUAUAACACAAGUAUUUUGUAAUGAUGAAAAACAACCAAUUGAAGCUGUCUAUUGUUUUCCAAUUGAAGAACAAGCAGCUAUUUAUUCUUUUACAGCUUGUAUUGACGAUCGACAUGGAGCUUAUUUAUUAGAACAAGAUGAAAAUUCUCAAGAUAGUUUUAUUAUUAAUGUUGGUGCUUUACCUUCAUCAAAAGAAUGUACUAUUACUCUAUUGCUUAUGUUACUGAAUUAG